AUGGGUCAUACUUACGGACCUUUCGCAGGCUUUGCAAAAAGCCCCGUGUGUUGGGAUGGGGGUCAUGAGACCACACGUUUCCAGAUCAAGGCUUUCACGUCCCUCCACUUCCUGUCGGAGCCUUCGGAUGCCAUCACCAUGCGGGGAGGAAACGUCCUCCUGAACUGCUCUGCGGAGUCAGACCGAGGAGUCCCGGCCAUCAAGUGGAAGAAAGAUGGCAUCCCCCUGGCCUUGGGGAUGGACGAAAGGAAGCAGCAACUGCCGAAUGGGUCUCUGUUGAUCCAGAACGUCCUGCACUCCCGGCACCAUAAGCCGGACGAGGGGCUGUACCAGUGCGAGGCGUCCCUCGGAGAUUCUGGGUCCAUCAUCAGUCGGACAGCAAAAGUCGCAGUAGCAGGACCUCUGAGGUUUCUCUCCCAGACAGAGUCUGUCACGGCCUUCAUGGGAGACACGGUGUUACUCAAGUGUGAAGUCAUCGGGGAGCCCAUGCCAACGAUCCACUGGCAGAAAAACCAGCAGGACCUGGCCCCGGGCCUGGGCGACUCCCGGGUGGUGGCCUUGCCCUCGGGCGCAUUGCAGAUCAGCAGACUCCAGCCUGGGGACGCGGGCAUCUACCGGUGCUUAGCCCGCAAUCCAGCCAGCUCGAGAACAGGAAACGAAGCCGAAGUCAGGAUUCUAUCAGACCCAGGAUUGCAUAGGCAGCUGUAUUUCCUGCAAAGACCCUCCAACGUGGUAGCCAUCGAAGGAAAGGAUGCUGUCCUGGAGUGCUGUGUGUCCGGCUAUCCUCCCCCGACCUUCACCUGGUUACGAGGAGAGGAAGUUGUCCAACUCAGGUCCAAAAAGUAUUCACUAUUGGGUGGAAGCAACUUGCUUAUCUCCAAUGUGACAGAUGAUGACAGUGGAACGUACACCUGCGUUGUCACAUAUAAAAAUGAGAAUAUCAGUGCUUCUGCAGAGCUUACAGUCUUGGUUCCGCCCUGGUUUUUAAAUCACCCCUCCAACCUCUAUGCCUACGAGAGCAUGGACAUCGAGUUCGAGUGCGCGGUCUCGGGGAAGCCGGUGCCCACUGUGACCUGGAUGAAGAACGGAGACGUGGUCAUUCCCAGUGACUAUUUUCAGAUCGUGGGAGGAAGCAACUUACGGAUCCUUGGAGUGGUCAAGUCGGACGAGGGCUUUUAUCAGUGUGUGGCUGAGAAUGAGGCUGGCAAUGCCCAGACCAGUGUACAGCUUAUCGUCCCGAAGCCUGCUAUCCCAAGCUCCAGUGUGCUCCCUUCUGCUCCCAGAGAUGUGGUCCCUGUCUUGGUUUCCAGUCGGUUCAUCCGUCUCAGCUGGCGCCCACCCGCAGAAGCAAAAGGGAACAUUCAAACCUUCACCGUCUUUUUCUCCAGAGAAGGUGACAACAGGGAACGAGCAUUGAAUACGACCCAGCCUGGGUCCCUUCAGCUCACGGUGGGGAACCUGAAGCCAGAAGCCAUGUACACCUUCCGCGUGGUGGCCUACAAUGAGUGGGGGCCGGGGGAGAGUUCGCAACCCAUCAAAGUGGCCACUCAGCCUGAGUUGCAAGUUCCAGGGCCCGUAGAAAACCUGCAAGCUGUCUCUACCUCACCUACCUCAAUUCUUAUUACCUGGGAACCCCCUGCCUAUGCAAAUGGCCCAGUUCAAGGUUACAGAUUGUUCUGCACUGAGGUGUCUACUGGGAAGGAACAGAAUAUAGAGGUUGAUGGACUGUCUUAUAAGCUGGAAGGCCUGAAAAAAUUCACAGAAUAUAGUCUUCGAUUCCUAGCUUAUAAUCGCUAUGGGCCAGGAGUCUCUACUGACGACAUAACAGUGGUUACGCUUUCUGAUGUGCCAAGCGCCCCACCUCAGAAUGUCUCCCUGGAAGUGGUGAAUUCGAGGAGUAUCAAAGUGAGCUGGCUGCCUCCUCCAUCCGGAACACAAAAUGGAUUUAUUACCGGCUAUAAAAUUCGACACAGGAAGACAACCCGCAGGGGUGAGAUGGAAACAUUGGAGCCAAACAACCUCUGGUACCUGUUCACAGGACUGGAGAAAGGAAGUCAGUACAGUUUUCAAGUGUCAGCCAUGACAGUCAAUGGCACGGGACCAGCUUCCAACUGGUACACAGUGGAGACCCCAGAGAAUGAUCUAGAUGAGUCUCAAGUCCCUGACCAGCCAAGCUCUCUUCAUGUGAGGCCCCAGACCAACUGCAUCAUCAUGAGCUGGACUCCUCCCUUGAACCCAAACAUCGUGGUGCGUGGUUACAUUAUUGGUUAUGGCGUCGGAAGCCCUUAUGCCGAGACAGUGCGUGUGGAUAGUAAACAACGGUAUUAUUCCAUUGAGAGGUUAGAGUCAAGUUCCCAUUAUGUAAUCUCCCUAAAAGCUUUCAAUAACGCGGGAGAAGGCGUUCCUCUGUAUGAAAGUGCCACCACCAGGUCUAUGACAGAUCCCACUGACCCAGUUGAUUAUUAUCCUUUGCUUGAUGAUUUCCCCACCUCGGUCCCAGAUGUCUCCACCCCCAUGCUCCCACCAGUAGGUGUCCAGGCUGUGGCUCUGACCCACGAUGCCGUGAGGGUCAGCUGGGCAGACAACUCUGUCCCCAAGAACCAAAAAGCGUCCGAAGUACGACUUUACACUGUCCGGUGGAGGACCAGCUUCUCUGCAAAUACCAAAUACAAGUCAGAAGACACAACAUCCCUGAGUUACACAGCAACAGGCCUCAAACCAAACACAAUGUACGAGUUCUCGGUAAUGGUAACAAAAAACAGAAGGUCAAGCACAUGGAGCAUGACGGCACAUGCCACUACAUAUGAAGCAGCCCCGACCUCUGCUCCCAAGGAUCUGACAGUCAUUACUCGGGAAGGGAAGCCCCGUGCUGUCAUUGUGAGCUGGCAGCCUCCCUUGGAAGCCAAUGGGAAAAUCACGGCUUACAUCUUGUUUUAUACCUUGGACAAGAACAUACCAAUUGAUGACUGGGUUAUGGAAACCAUCAGUGGUGACCGUCUUACUCACCAGAUCAUGGACCUCAACCUUGACACUAUGUAUUACUUUCGAAUUCAAGCACGAAAUGUGAAAGGAGUGGGGCCCCUCUCUGAUCCCAUCCUCUUCAGGACUCUGAAAGUGGAACACCCUGACAAAAUGGCCAACGACCAAGGUCGUCAUGGAGAUGGAGGCUAUUGGCCAGUUGAUACUAAUUUGAUUGAUAGAAGCACUCUCAAUGAACCACCCAUUGGCCAGAUGCACCCCCCUCAUGGCAGCGUCACUCCUCAGAAGAACAGCAGCCUGCUUGUGAUCAUUGUGGUCACCGUUGGCAUCAUCACGGUGCUGGUGGUGGCGAUCGCGGCCGUGAUUUGCACCCGACGCUCUUCAGCCCAGCAGAGAAAGAAACGGGCCACCCACAGUGUUGGCAAAAGGAAGGGCAGCCAGAAGGACCUGCGGCCCCCUGAUCUUUGGAUCCAUCAUGAGGAAAUGGAGAUGAAAAACAUCGAGAAGCCAUCAGGCACCGACCCUACUGGGAGGGACACCCCCAUCCAAAGUUGCCAAGAGCUCACACCAGUCAGUCACAGCCAGUCAGAAACCCAAAUGGGGAGCAAAAGCACCUCUCAUUCAGGUCAGGACACUGAAGAAGCAGGGAGCUCCAUGUCCACUCUGGAGAGGUCAUUGGCUGCACGCCGAGCCACCAGGGCAAAACUCAUGAUUCCUAUGGAUGCCCAGUCUAACAAUCCCGCUGUCGUGAGUGCCAUUCCUGUGCCAACCCUAGAAAGUGCCCAGUACCCAGGAAUCCUCCCAUCUCCCACGUGUGGAUACCCCCACCCGCAGUUCACUCUCCGGCCUGUGCCAUUCCCAACGCUGUCCGUGGACCGAGGUUUCGGAACAGGAAAAACAGUGAAUGAAGGACCGGCCACCCAACCUCCGCCCAUGAUGCCCCCAGCCCAGCCUGAGCAUCCCAGCGGUGAGGAGGCGCCGAGCAGGACCAUCCCCACAGCCUGUGUUCGACCAACGCACCCGCUCCGCAGCUUUGCUAACCCCUUGCUACCUCCGCCAAUGAGUGCAAUAGAACCGAAAGUCCCUUACACGCCGCUCCUGUCUCAGCCAGGGCCUGCUCUUCCUAAGACUCACGUGAAGACGGCCUCUCUUGGGCUGGCUGGGAAGGCAAGGUCUCCUUUGCUUCCUGUGUCUGUGCCAACAGCCCCUGAAGUGUCCGAGGAGAGCCACAAACCAACAGAGGAUCCAGCCAAUGUGUACGAACAGGAUGAUUUGAGUGAACAAAUGGCAAGUUUGGAAGGGCUAAUGAAGCAACUUAACGCCAUCACAGGCUCGGCCUUCUAACACCCAUUGCCGAGUAGAUGGGGUGAAUUUUCCGGGAACUUUGCAGCAUAUCGAUUACCCAUCAACAGCACACCUGUGUCCAAGAACUCCCACCAGUGCACAGGCCAACCAUCAGGACCACUCAGUUCCAGAAGAACCUGAAGCAGUGCAGGAGGAGGAGCAACCGUCCCUUCUGGCACAGGCGUCAGGAAUUCAAAUCUGAUGACCAUGGGGUCCCUCCACAAACGCAAGGAUACGUCCGCACCGCACUGUCAGAGCUGAAGCUGCAAGAAUAGUCCUGGGUCUUUCCCACCGCAGUGAUCUCACUGUCACAGCUAAUGCUUAUGUUUCCUUCAUCCAGGCCUGUCAUCUCCUUACGUGUAGGUCUAGUCUUACAAAAUGCAAGUGCAUUACUUAAGCCUGUACCAUGCCAUGGCAAACCAGUGCGAGUUCACGCUUUCAUUUGCGACUUACAAGUUCAAAGCACCCGCAGGAAUUCUCUCUACAUAGCACCAAAGGAUUGGAAGUUUUCCUGACAGCACAAAAAGUCAAUAAGUAAACAGAAAGGCAGCCAA